GUCAAUCUUUAAUUUGUUUGUGUUAAUUUUGACAGAUUCUACACAUGCAAUGUACAACGUGUGAGAGGAUUGCAAGGAUAACGAUCCAUUAUACAGGUCUCCCAGGAUGUGCUGUUUAACUAUGUAAAGCUAAAUAGGCUGAAGAAACCACCGUUUUGACAGGUCUCCCAGGAUGUGCUGUCUACCUAUGUAAAGAUAAUGAAGAGGAAGAAAUCACCAAUUUAACAGCUUCUAUAGGAUGUAAUGUACAACGUGUGAAAAGAUUACCAGGAUAAUUAUCAUUAUACAGGUCUCCCAGGAUGUGCUGUUUAACUAUGUAAAGCUAAAGAAGAGGAAGAAAUCACCAUUUUGACAGGUCUCCCAGGAUGUUCUGUUUAACUAUGUAAAGCUAAAGAAGAGGAAGAAAUCACCAUUUUGACAUGUCUCCCAGGAUGUGCUGUUUUACUAUGUAAAGCUAAAGAAGAGGAAGAAAUCACCAUUUUAACAGGUCUCCCAGGAUGUGCUGUUUAACUAUGUAAAGCUAAAGAAGAGGAAGAAAUCACCAUUUUGACAGACAGGUUUAAUUGAGAACACUUGGAGGCACCUACGAAUAGAGACAAAGCAUUGAGAAGCCAGUGUCAAGAGAGAUCUCCCUGACUGAAAUCCACACAGGAUUAUAAAGUCACAGGAUAAAGAAGUGUGGUGUCAGUGAUGUAUAGACUGGUGUUACAGAAAUCUGUCACCGUGUCUGGUGUUAGUGGGUGUAAACACAUUACCCUCGUGUCAUCAGACCGGGUCUGGAUCUGUGAUGAUAAAGGCAAUCUCAUCUUAACAAACACGAGAGGUGACAUUCUAGAUCAAGUGACAGGUUUAAGUCUAUAUGGUGAUGGAGUACAUACUGUGACUCAAAAUGGUGAUGUGAUUUAUAUAGACAGACACCGUAACAUCAUAAAACGAUCUAAAGAUAAAGUAAAGACCACAGUGAUACCGAACACAGCACCAUGGUUACCACAGUGUGUCUACAGCUCCCCCUCCACUGGAGACCUGCUGGUCGGGAUAAAUAAUCCUUAUACAGGGACAGGCCAGGUAAACCGUUACACCAACACAGGACAACACAUACAGACCAUACAGCACGACAACACAGGUCAGAGACUGUAUAGUGAACCUGGAUACAUCACAGAGAACCGCAAUGGAGAUGUUAUUGUGUCUGACUUUCGUGGUAUUGGUGUUGGUGCUGUAGUGGUGACAGACAGUAGAGGGAGACAUCGCUUCACCUACACAGGUCACCCAUCAGGAUCAGGACUAUAUCCAUGGGGAAUCUGUACUGACGCGCUGUCACACAUCCUGCUGUGUGAUCCUAACACCCACACAGUACAUAUCAUUGAUAAAGAUGGUAACUACGUGACACAGAUAGAUACAGAACAACACGGGAUACACACACCGUACGGCCUGAGUUAUGAUGACAUCACCCGCUCUAUCUGGGUAGGAUCAACAUACACUAACACAGUGAACAUCUACAGACUUAUCUAUGGAGGGGAUAAUCUGACUGAUCCAGACAGUGAUGAUAUAAAUAAAGUGGAUGAGUUGAAGAAGUUUCUGAGGAAGGAAAAGACAACUGUUUCUCAUGCCAGAGGAAUAAUUGUUGGAUGUGCUGAGGCUGGAAAAACAACGCUACUGAAGCGAUUAAGAGGGCAAAGUCAAAAUGUCAGCAAAGCUCCAAAGUCAUCCAGGGGACUAACAACACUGCUGAAGAGAUUAAGAGGAAAACUUCAAAAUGUCAGUGAAGUUACUGAGUCCACCAGGGGACUGGAAGUCCAUCAUCAUCUCUUUAUUGUUAGAGAUGGAGUUUUAGAGGUGGCCGAUGAUGACUCACCAUUCAAGGCAUUUAUCAGAAUAAAUGCUGCAGAUUUGAAACCAGACCCAAGCAGUAGUGCUGUUGCCAGCUCUGAUGCAAAUGAAAAAGAAAAUUUGGAAGUAGGAAGUACUGAUAAAAGCACUGAAGUAGUUUAUAGCCGAGAGGAAAAGAAAGAAGAGAAUGUGGAAAUGUCUAGUUCACCCACGGAGGGCACAGAAGAAGAAAGUACUGUAGAGGUAAUGGCCAGUCUUAUCUCCUCAGAAGCUCCAGCUAUGGUGAAAGAGGAAAUUUUUCAGAAAAUCUUGUCUGAAAAAGAGAAGUUACCAACAGUAAGCAUGCUGGAUUUUGCUGGCCAGUUAGCAUAUUAUGCCUGCCACCAAAUUUAUGUAACACCAAAGGCCUUCUUUAUCCUUGUGUUGGACAUGACUAAGAAGUUUGAGGAUGUUGUCAGUAAAGAGAAAGAUAACCAAGAAGGAUCAAUCUUCUCAGUGUGGACAUACAAAGACUACUUGAAGUUUUGGAUAACCUCAAUCAAGACAUUUGGAGGCAAAAAGGCACCACUGUUUCUUGUUGUCACACACACCGAGAAAAAAUCUAAAGAUGAAAUAGAGAAGUAUUUUAGGGAGUUUUGGAAAGCUGUACCAGAGGAGGACAGAGAUUGGUUAAGUGAGUCUCUGAAUGAUCGGGAAUAUGCUGUAGGUCUGAAGACACUUAAUGAUAAUACCAAGGAAAUACUAGAGUCAAUGAAAAAGUCCAUAGUGGAACUAUUCACAGAUGAAAACAAUACAAAAGUUGAAUUGCCUUCUUCGUGGGCUCUAAUGGAGCAGUUAUUGUAUGAAGGAGGCUGGAAGGUUUUGUCUCUGAGUGAAAUCUGGAAGCUCAACUCAUCUCUUCCUUAUGAAUACCAAAUCAAAGGUGAUGAAGAAAUGACCAAAUUUUUAAAAUGUUUCCAUGACAGUGGCCUUCUUCUGAAUUUUGAAGAAGUGGAAUUGAAGGAACAUGUUAUACUAGAUAUUCAGUGGUUUGCUAAUGCUUUCAGCAAGAUAAUUGCUGAUGAAAACCACAUCAAUAAAGAUUGUCAAAGGAAAUUAAUAAGAGAAUGGAAAUCCUUUAACAAAACGGGGGAACUCAAAGAUAAAGUGAUAAAUGCUUUGUGGAAAGAUGAACCUUUAUACUUGACACAUAAAAGUGAAAUUAUGCCGUACAUGGAGAAACUUCAAAUGCUUGUACAUUUGAAUGCAGAUGAAGCUGUAUCAGAAGAUGGCAUGUCAUGGUAUGUCCCAUGUAUGAACAAAAAGCAGUUCAAAGCUGACUUCUGUGAAGAUAAAUGGGAAUGCUCAUCCAUUUUGUGCUAUCGAUUCACUUCCUUUGCCAUGUUUGUGUUCUACAGACUGGUAGCAUACUGCAUAAGUUCUCUAAGAUGGAGUGUUGCAAAAGAUGAAGAUCAUGAAGGAUGUCCAUGUCUUUAUCAAACGGCAGCAGUGUUUGAUCACAAUGAACACACUGUUGUUGUUGGCAUAUGUAAUGACGAUAUUCAAUUUCAAGUGUACAGAAUCAAACCAUUGACAGUAGACAAAGGAGUAUCAAACGAAAUUGGGGGCUCCAUUGAAAAAGCCAUAGAAAAAUUGACAGAAACAUUUAUUGACACAAAAAUAUUCCACAAAGGAUACAAAUGUCAAUUUGUUAUUUGUAAUGAGAAAGAUUUAUCUUUUACCCUAGCAAGUGAGCUCUCCGCAAUAAAGGCUAAAGAAAUUCAGUGCAAGUGUCAACUUCGAGAGAAACAUGUGAUAAAUGUAGAAACCACUCUACGAUUCUGGGAAAAGAGAGAGACCAGUGAUUCCAGUACUCCUGUGGCCUCUGGACAAAACCUAGAAGGCCGGUCUAGAUUUGCAAAACUUGGCAUGGCUACAAACGAUGUGUUGAAUAAGACAUACAGAGAUAUUCUUGAAUCAGAAGUUCCUCCCUGCUAUAUUGAGAGCAAGGUGAAUUCAUUAUCAACAAAAAAGAGAAGAGAUCUGAAGUUGAACCCAGACCAAGAAGAUCUAUUGAAAACAGCUAAGAAUUCUGGAUAUAAGGACUUUGAUAUUUCAUUUACUUACAAGAUGAUACGAAACAUUUGUUUAACUAUCCCUAAACCAACAAAAGGAGAAUGGGGAAAAGAGCCGGCAGUAGGAGAGGUGACUGUGGGUGACGAUAUUGAGAGAAUUAGGUCAAUACGAAAUAGAUUGACUGCGCAUGUGAGUUCAGCCUCCAUCUCUCAGACAGAAUUCGAUGACACCUGGUCAAUGAUGUCAGAUAUCUGCCAAAGACUGGAAACCUUCACUGGAAAGACGUACCUCGAAAAACUUAAUGAGAUUAAAAACCUAACCUUGAGAAAGGAAGAUAACGAUGAGAUUAUAAAAAAUGUCGCUAAAAUGCAAGAAAUUCUGGACACAAUCAAGUCAACUCUUAAAUAAUAAGAAACAAUGAUGAGCCUAAUGAAGUUGUUACAAAUUGAGAGUUUAUAGAAUGCUCUGUAGAAGACUAAGAUUUAUGUGUACAAAUGUUGUGUUAAAUAAAGCAUACAGAGAUAUUCUAGAAUCAGGAAUUCCCGCAUCUGAUAUUGAGAACAAGGUGAAUUUAUUAUCAAACAAAAAUAGAAGAGAUCUGAAGUUUAAUCCGGACCAAGAAGAUCU